AUGACUGACACCUGCUGCACAAGGACCUGUGUGAUUGCUGCAUCCACCACAUCUGUAUGUUCUAACCAGAGCUGCGGCAGUCGCAUCUGCUCGCCCAACAUCUGCAACACAGCCUCCUGGCAGGCAGACAAUUGCCAAGAGAGCUACUGUGAGCCCCCAUGCUGUGCCCCUACCUGCUGUGCCACAACCCCUUGCCUCCUCUGCACACCAAUGAGCUGUGUGUCCAACCCCUGCUGCCAAUCAGGCUGCAGCAGCUGCUGCACACCCUCAUGCUGCCAGCAGUCUAGCUGCCAGCCAGCUUGCUGUACCUGCUCCCCCUGCCAGCCGUCCUGCUGUGUGACUCUCUGCUGCAAGCCUGUCUGCUGUACACCCAUCUGCUGUGGCUCCUCCUCAUGCUGCCAGCAGUCUAGCUGCCAGCCCUCAUGCUGCCAGCCAUCCUGCUGUGUGCCUGUCUGCUGCAAGCCUGUCUGCUGCACACCCAUCUGCUCUGGCUCCUCCUCAUGCUGCCAGUCAUCUUGCUGUGCUCCUGUCUGCUGCAAGCCCUGCUCCAGCAUGUCCCUGCUCUGCCGCCCCGUGUGCAGACCUGCCUGCUGCGUGCCCACCUCCUCCUGCUGUGCCUCCUCCUGCCAGCCCAGCUGCUGCCGCCCAGCCUCCUGUGUGUCCCUGCUCUGCCGCCCUGCCUGCUCCCGCCAGGCCUGCUGUGGACUCUCCUCGAGCCAGAAGUGCAGCUGCUGA